CAUAGAGUGUGAAAUAAAUUUUGCAAUGGGGGCAGGAAAGAGUCAAUUCACCGAAGAAGAACUUCAAGAUUAUCAGGAUUUAACAUAUUUUACCAAGAAGGAAGUAUUAUACGCGCAUCAAAAGUUCAAAGCUCUUGCUCCAGAAAAAGUUGGGCAUAAUAGAAAUGCAAAAUUGCCAAUGUCUAAGAUUUUACAAUACCCAGAACUAAGAGUAAAUCCAUUUGGUGAUAGAAUUUGUAAAGUAUUCAGUUCCAGUCAAGAUGGUGAUUGUACGUUUGAGGACUUUUUAGAUAUGAUGUCUGUUUUUAGCGACGCUGCUCCCAAAGCUGUAAAAGCAGAACAUGCAUUUAGAAUAUUCGAUUUUGAUGGGGAUGACAUGUUAGGGAUUGGUGAUUUACGUCAAGUUGUUGAUAGAUUGACUGGAAGUCAACGACUAAACGAAGGGGAUAUGCAACAACUCAUUCAAUAUUUACUUGAAGAAGCUGACUUAGAUGACGAUGGAUCGCUAAGCUUCGCUGAAUUUGAACAUAUAAUUGAAAAAAGCAGUGAUUUUUCAAAAACUUUCCGAAUACAUUUAUAAAAAAUGUAUACAAUUAUAUAUGAAACGAUGCAUAGAUAAAUUAAAAGACUGAAUAUACUAGUUAG